GAGCCCAGGGGCCAGCGCGGCGCUGGCCGCCCUCGCCUCCCACCAAGGGCGCUGAGCACGCACGCCGCCGAUCUGGCGGGGUUCGCGGGGCCCGGGCCCAGCCGCCGCCUCCCACAGGCGCUCCUACUCUCCGGGCAUCUGCAGUCCGAGCGGAAGGGGCGGGAACGCCGGCGACGCUGAGGAGCAAAGCACACGCUCGGCUUCCCGGGGCAGCGGACGGCCUCCUUCUUCCCCGCACAGACUCACCGCCCAGGAGGGGGCGGGCACGGCGGGUCGGGGGGCGGGGCCGGGGUCGGGGGGCGGGGCCGGCGUCCGAGCUCCGGCCCGCCUCCGCCUCCGCCUCCGCCAGCUCCUGUGAGCCGCCGAGUGCUAGGCACCCGGGCUGUUCUGGGGGCUCCAGUCAGAGGCGCCGCCCAAGAGACCCUGGGCCGGCGCUGGGCGCAGCUGCCUCUCCGCGUUUGCCUGUCCGUCUUUGUGUCUGUCUCUGUGUCUGUCUGGCUAUCUCCGAGUUUGCCUCCGCUUCCAGAACUAAGCCACCCAGACACCAUCAUCCCGAAACCUCAAGCCCUUCUCCCAUGGCAGGCUACUUGCCCCCCAAAGGCUACGCCCCUUCGCCCCCACCUCCCUACCCUGUCACCUCUGGGUACCCGGAGCCGGCGCUACAUCCUGCCCCCGGACAGGCGCCAGUGCCCGCCCAGGUACCUGCCCCAGCUCCCGGCUUCGCCCUCUUCCCCUCGCCCGGUCCCGUAGCCUCGGGGUCUGCUGCUCCCUUCUUGCCACUGCCUGGGGUGCCUUCCGGCCUCGAAUUCCUGGUGCAGAUUGAUCAGAUUUUGAUUCACCAGAAGGCUGAGCGAGUGGAAACGUUCCUAGGCUGGGAGACCUGUAACCGCUAUGAACUGCGCUCUGGGGCCGGGCAGCCCCUGGGUCAGGCGGCCGAGGAGAGCAACUGCUGCGCCCGUCUGUGCUGUGGCGCCCGCCGGCCGCUGCGUGUCCGCCUGGCCGACCCCGGGGACCGCGAGGUGCUGCGUUUGCUCCGCCCGCUGCACUGUGGCUGCAGCUGCUGCCCCUGUGGCCUCCAGGAGAUGGAAGUACAGGCUCCCCCAGGUACCACUAUCGGCCACGUGCUACAGACCUGGCAUCCCUUCCUCCCCAAGUUCUCCAUCCAGGAUGCCGAUCGCCAGACAGUCCUGCGAGUGGUGGGGCCCUGCUGGACCUGUGGCUGUGGCACAGACACCAACUUUGAGGUGAAGACUCGGGAUGAAUCCCGCAGUGUGGGCCGCAUCAGCAAGCAGUGGGGAGGCCUGGUCCGAGAAGCCUUCACGGAUGCAGAUGACUUUGGCCUACAGUUUCCGCUGGACCUGGAUGUGAGGGUGAAGGCUGUGCUGCUGGGAGCCACGUUCCUCAUUGACUACAUGUUCUUUGAGAAGCGAGGAGGCGCGGGGCCUUCUGCCGUCACCAGUUAGAGGCCACCAUGGUGUGAGGAGACCAUCACCUCGACGAGAACUCCAGAUGGUUGCCUGCACUGGCCCCUCCUCCGGGUGGCCCCUUUCCUCCAUGUACACUGCAGGGGACAGAAGGGGGCCCCCACCCCUACCCUACUCCCUGGCCUCCUGCCCCUGUGGUACCCAAGGAGGGGUAUGUAUGAGAGCCCCUCUCCUGCUACCUCCCACCAUUGUCCCAGCAGUCCCUUGGCACACAGGCAUAUCAGCUUUCACGCUUUCCCCACGCACUCCCUCCCACCCCCUUCCAGGGCCUCUGCUCCAAAGGAGGCCUCUGGAACCCAGGACUCUGGGGUUUUACAAGAGGGCUGGGGUGGGGAAGGGCAAGCUGCACCAAAGAUGGUGGACAUAGCCACCCCCCCCAGCAUCUGCUUGGCCAAUUAGUUCAGCCUCAGACCAUGGCACUUCAACGGGGUUUCCACCUCCCCAUCAACAGCUGCAGGGGGACCCCAGUGCCAACUUCCUCUCCCACUAGGGCCCUGCCCUCAGCUGGUGCUUGCUGCGAUUCCUGUGCCUUAUGUAACCGCCCUUCCUUCCCUUGCCCUAGGAAAAAGGCUGCAUCUUUAUAUGUUACAUUCAUAUAAACUUUGUAACUUUUUGGACAUUGAAA